AUGGCAGUUCAAGGAAUAAAACCAUACCAAAGGCCAAAUGACUGGGCAGCACUUGUAGAAGCCCAAUCAAAGGCUAACCUCAUGCAGGAAAGAGCUGAUGCUGAGCUCGCAAGUCUAAAUAAAAAAUUACUCCGCGAAGAGCUCGACAAGCAGUUACAAGAAAAACAACAGCAGCGUCUAGAAGACCAAAUGCUCAGAGAUAUCGAAGCAAACGUAAUGCUUCAAAAAGGCAAAGCCAUAAAAGACUACGACCAAAGAGCAAAGCAAGAAUACAGAUACAUGCAACAGCAGCUUGGCCAAGAGUACCAAGACAUGUCCAGUUAUAAAGCUCAAUUGAGAGCCCAAAUGAACCAACAAGAAAAAUCAUCCGACAAAUCAUGGCUCAAUUCAAUAAGUAAUCAAAUGGAGCUCGACAACAGAACGAAAAAGCAGCUAAAAGAAGAAAAAAUCAAGACAGAAUUAGAAGUCCUAAGGCUUAAAGAGUGGCAAAAAGAAACCGAACGUAAACAAAGGGAAAAUGAAAAACUAAGAGAUCAAGAAUUAAUAAGGCAAAACAUAGAAAAAGUCAACCUAAGAGACCAAAAUCUGGCUGAUUUUAAUAGAAACUUAGAUGAGAUCAGAAAAAAUAAAACUGUCGUAUAUGAGCCAGUUGCCAGGUUUAAUCUCGAAAAAGAAAUUAAAAAAGUCGAAAUAGUGAAUCAGUGGGAAAAUGAUGCGAGAAGAAGGGCUGAAGAAAAGGCUAAUCAAGAACGAGAAAAAAAGAUGGCCAGUAAGCAAGAUACAAUACAAACACUCGAAAUGCAGCUACAAGAAAAAAAUGCUAAAAGAGAGAUGGAAAGGAUGCAGUUUGAAAGGGAAAAACAAAAUAUGCAAAAACAAGUAGAAAGUACAAGGAACUAUGAAGUUCAAAUGAAAGCGUUGAGAGCAAGGGAAAAAGAAGAGUAUAAGCAAGUUCUUGAAGAUCAAUCCCAAAACAGGAUGAUGCAACAAUAUAACGAAUUGAAGAUGGAUGAAAAAGAAAAACAAAUCUUUUCACCAAUUCUGGCGUCAAAAGAUGAUAUUGCUUUUAAAGCUGUCCCAGGAAUUCAUCCGAGGGAAUCACCAUUGCAAAAGGCAUUUUUGAGAGCUCACAGAAGCUUUUCUCAACUGCCAAAUGUAAGCCAGUGCAAUUCUCGUGAUCCGAGUCCGUCAGGGUUUCAAAGAAACCCUAGUAACUUUGGAGAUGAUAAAUUAUACGGCGGAGGGAGUCCGACAAGUGAUAUUUUUUCGAUUAAAAGAACUAGUAGAAAUGAAUUCUUUUUUGAUCCUCAAAAGCAUGAUCCAAUUGUUAGUCAUACAUAAAACUCCUCCUCAUGCCAAACUACCUAGUCUUGAUAAUAAGAAAUAUAUGCGAUAUUAAAGUAUUUUCGCCUCCUAUGCUAUUAAAACGCAAUUUAUAGCAUGCUUCCGAUAUAUUUAAUACUUUAUUUCAUAUCCCUACUAUAUAUAAAAAUUUUAGACUAAUAAAUAAAAGAGUUAAUAGAGAAAUAGGCAGGACAUAGCUUAAUUAUUGCAUUUUAAGAUAAAUCAAGAAUCCUGCUUUAAAUAGAUAGAAAAAAAUAAAUAAAUUUAAACAUAAUUAUGCAUCAUAGACACAAACAGUAUCUAGCAUCAGCUCCACUAAAUUAAUGCUUUUGAACAAAUUUAAUCUUAUUUGCAUAUUUAUUUUACAUAUAAGCUGAUAUAUCUCGUUUAAAUUUAAUACAAAAUUAGGAGCUAAAUUUGCUAGCCAUAUAAAAUUUUUUUAUAUACCAAGGAUGCGAAAUAAAGCAUUAAAUAUAUUUGUAAAAAUGCUAUAAACCCGUUUCAAGAGCAUAGAAGCAAAAAUCUCAAUAUCUCAUAUAUUUCUUAUUAUCAUAUUAGGUAUUUGGUAUUGGGUGAGGGAUGGGUUUUAUACUUGGCCAAUUGUGAACCCACUUGGGGCAAGCAUUCCAAGGCCAAACUUCGGGGCAAGUUUUCAAAGAGGAAAAGGACUUUCUUUGCUUCAUGUUGGGUCUUCAAUAACCAAAGUUUAA